GCACAAGAGAGCGUGCCGCGCAUCGCUCAGCAGGCAUGAAAGCACGAGCCGCUGCUGCUCGGACAAACGGAGGAACAGCAAGGCGUGCUUGAUACUACCGCCACCUGCUCUUCUCUGCUCCAUCUUCUGCUUCUAUACUCUAACAACCAGGACUCCACCAAUGUCGCUCGCAGGAAAGGUUCUAUUCAUCACUGGCGCCUCCAGAGGCAUCGGCAAGGCCAUCGCCCUCCGCGCUGCACGGGAUGGGGCAAGCGUUGCCAUUGCGGCCAAGACCGCUGACCCGAACCCGAAGUUGCCAGGCACCAUCUACUCGGCCGCCAAGGAAAUCGAGGCUGCCGGAGGCAAGGCGCUGCCUAUCCAGUGCGAUAUCCGCGAUGAGACCAUGGUUCAGGAAGCAAUUGCCAAGACUGCUGACACAUUCGGCAAGAUCGAUAUUGUGGUCAACAACGCCUCGGCGAUCAGCCUGACGCCGACCGAGAAGACCGACGUCAAGCGCUACGACCUGAUGCACAGCAUCAAUGGCCGGGGCACCUGGCUUGUGUCGAAGCUGGCGCUACCGUACCUGAAGAAAUCCGAUAAUGCGCAUAUUCUGAACCUGUGCCCGCCGCUGGCGAUGGAGGAGAAGUGGUUUGCGCCGUUCCCUGCGUACACGAUCGCCAAGUACAACAUGUCGCUAUGUGUGCUCGGCAUGGCUGGCGAAUUCCGCAAGCAUGGGAUUGCGGUCAAUGGCCUGUGGCCGCUGACGCUGAUUGAGACCGCUGCGCUGAAGAUCGCUGCUGACGGCAUGGGCGAGCGCAAGUCGCGCAAUGCCGAGAUCAUGGCUGACUCAGCCCAUGUUAUCUUGACGAAGAACUCGCGCGAGUUCACUGGCAACUUCUGCCUCGACGAGUUGCUGCUGCGCCAGCACGGCGUCACUGAUUUUGGGCAGUACAACAACACGCCAGGCACCAGGCUUGAAGAUCUAACGCUAGACUUCUUCCUCCACUCGAAGCAGCUCGAGGAUCUCUAUGCGCUGCGCAAACAGCAAGGUGCCGAGCACUAGACAUUUUUUCAGCCACCUCUGCUUUUAGCGCAUGUCGCUAGAAAAUAGCUUUGGCCAUUAUGAAUAGCAGUCCAUAAUAUCGACGGAAUGCAUGAAGUGGUCUAACUAAUGGUCCUGUGGCUGCGGAAUACCAGUGGCCCAGCCAAUCGAUAGUCUUCAAAGGUUUCCUGCAAAUAUACAAGUGAUGGUGGAUGCUGAGGUUCGUCAGCUGCAACAAAAGUUUAAGCAGUUUGCGACACUGAGUGUCUUCCUUUUGCUCAGGAAUGACGAGAAGCCACUAGAGUUUACCAAGAUCGCAAACACCUUUGGCCGCAGUGGUGCAGGCCUGACGCAGAGCGACUUGGCGAUAU